AUGGCCACGGCCAUGGGCGACAAGACCCGGAAAUCGGCACCGGGUCCCCGAAAACCAUAUGUUCGACGAGUCACCGACAAGCGGAGGGAGCAGAAUCGGCGCGCCCAAAAGGCCUACCGGGAGAGACUGAAGAAGAAACUCGAGGUGCUGGAGGAAAAGGCUGCGGGGUCUAUUUCCACCUCUACUUCUACUCUGUCACACUCGGAUCAACGCCGUGAAACCUCACAGACGUCUAGUCAUGAGAGACGCUCGACGAAUUCGGGUAUAGUGGCUAGUAUUGAGGAUGUCGAGGGCGACGACUACGGCAAUAUCGAUGUCGAUAUCAGCCCCGAAUUUCCCAUCGAUAUAACAGACACGACUACGAGUGUCCCCACGGUCUCUUCAGGGCCGCGGGUGAUAAAUCUGGCAGAUGCAUUUGUCGCUGCUGGUGAUCUACCCUUCGCACAGAGCGCAUUCCCUACCAUCCAGUUGCAAGUAGGCCCGGACACACCAACGACAGUAACCGAAACCCCCGAGACUGUCGAUCAUACACACGAUGACUAUGGCGACAUUGAUCUGCGGCAGAUCUGGUCCGUGCCGCACAGACGAGAACAACCACAACAGCAACAACCACAUACACAUCCUCCUGAUCCCUCGCUCGGUUCCACGGCUCUAAUGACCUUGACGCCGCAACGAUCCCCCCUCGGCUCACGCUUCUUCACACCAAAGCCCACUGUGGCGGAUCCGUACAUCAACCACAUGCACCUGGUCGGCGAAGGAAACCUGGAGGCAUCACUUUCUGUGGCCCUUUCAAUCGGCAUCAGCCGCAGCCAAUACUUGAAUGACCACCCGUCACAUUUCCCCGCCUGCUACGUCGCCCUUAACAAACCUGAUGUGCGCUCCCCAACAAAGACAACCUCCCCAAACACGGUGAGCUACAAAAUCGCACACACCUUCAUGGACAUCACGCCAGAGCUGGAAGAGCAUCUCGAGGCUGUCAAGCCGGCCAUGCGUCCAACACCUGCACAACUCCUCAAUCCACAUCCAAGUUACCUCGAUUGCAUUGUAUUCCCUUAUUUCCGGGACCAUGCAGUCAAAGCAUCUGUCGAAGGCAUCCUCGACCACGGAGAGUUGUUCAUGGACAUGGUGCAUGGUGGUCUGGUAUGCUGGGGUGGCAUGUCUGGACUCACAAACAGGCACGGGAAGUCCAUCAGGAGUGGGAAAAGAGACAUGAGAGGCAACGUGGCCUGGGACACGAGAAGUUGGGAGGCCAAGCGAUGGUUCUUGAAAAAAUGGACUUGGUUGAUUGGCACAGAAGACGAGGAGGAAGCACGAGGAGAUGUUCAUGGCAUCUGGAGAGGGAGUCGGUGGUGGUGGGCCAUGCGCGGCGAAGACGAUAGUGAUGAAGAAACCGAGGAAGCGGAUUUCGAAGGUGCCCGAGUGAGCGAAAUUGGCCAUUGCAUGUGA